GGCACAUCCGCGCAGGUUUAUCGCGGUAUCUCUCUAUUUGUUUGCAACUUCAGAGAAAGUUUAGAAAUCAGUUUAUCAAAGAAUGCGUUCUAUUUUGGCGGCUGCGUCGACAUAAUGAGACAGUGAACUGAAACGUGUCCAGUUGCAUAAAAUAACGACAUUUGAUUGUCAGUUGAUGAAAGAAACAAUGGAACAGGAGGGACCAAUCAAUGUCAAAGCUCUGCGGGCCAAGUUUCAGGAGGAAGCCAGAGUCCUGGCUCUAGCUCAGGCUCAAGCCAGCGAGCAACACCGACCUGCUAUUGCUGAGAAGCCCAGACGGCUCCCACCCACCGUCCCUGGGGGGCGAUGCAGCACCUUGAUGAGCUCCAUCCACUCGGCUGUGGAGAACAAGCCUGUCGUCCCCAGGGUCAUCUUCAGGGAUGGGACCAGGGUGUCCGGGGGCAAACGGCCCGUCUCCUUCCCUGCACUUGUACUGCAGGCCAUUCCACCAAAACCACCAACACCACCACCACACCAGAACAGUCACCAGAAUGGUCACCACAAUGGUGGAGCGGACUGCACAGCGACAGCCAAGCAGUCAUUGAAAGACCGCCACAUGCCUCUCGUACUGCCUGGCCUGCCUUUGAAGGAACAAAGAGCAGAAGCUCAUAAAGAGGUCCCACCUCUAACAAAAUGCAAAAAAAAGGGUUUGCUGCUCCACCACCCCUUCAAGUCAACCAAAGUCUCCAAGGUUGGUGGUGAACCUGCAGAAGAGCCUGCGUAUGCUGGUGUGACCACCAACAGACAUUCAGGAGCUCCAGUAGAAGGGCUUGUGAUGGACAGGCAUAAGGCUGAAGAUGGGCUGUCUCUCCAGGUGGAACAUUCCAGCACGGAGUGCCCAACCUCCAGGCCAGACAUCACCAUCACCACUCCGUCAGAAGGCCCAGGUGAAGAAUCGUCCUCUAUGGUUAGUGCGACCCAGUUCUUCAGCACGUUGGAGAAAGGCAAGAAGCGGUUCUCACCUAAGCACCUGUUGGUGUAUGCCAGACCCAAGAGCCUGCGUUCCAAUGGAGUCCAUCAUCACCCAGACCAUAGCUCUACUACGGACAAGGGAGUUCAUCAUCACCCAGACCAUAGCUCUACUACGGACAAGGGAGUUCAUCAUCACCCAGACCAUAGCUCUACUACGGACAAGGGAGUUCAUCAUCACCCAGACCAUAGCUCUACUACGGACAAGGGAGUCCAUCAUCACCCAGACCAUAGCUCUACUACGGACAAGGGAGUUCAUCAUCACCCAGACCAUAGCUCUACUACGGACAAGGGAGUUCAUCUGCCCUCUACAGAUUAUGAGAGUCAUGCCCCAGAACAUGACCUUCCAGCUCCUUUGCCCGUCUGUCUCCCGCACCUCGCUUGUGUUUCAGCUCAGCCAUUCUUCAAGAUGAAUGGCUCUUCCUGCAGACUAGAGACUGCUUCAGAGAAACCGUUUGGCCGGGAUAGGGCAGGUCUUCUGCUUGUAAGACCUGAUGGACUUCCUCGUCCACUCAGGAAACCUCUACCUGACCGGGGGUCUCUGGGACCCUUGCCGAUGAAACCUCCAAGACCUCCAUGGGUAGAUCUCAGAUGUUACCACCCAACCACAGAACAUCACAGAGAGUUGACUCCAGCGGUUGAACCUGAGCCAUGUGAGGAUCCACACUCUGAGCCUCCAUCCAUUGCCAAUCCUGAACUGGUUGCUCCAGAGUUUCCAGACUUUGAGUUGAAUUCAGAACUGGAAACUGCAGAAGGCAAUGCAUUUGACAUCGCAGCUCUAGAACUAGAGGCUACAGAAUUUGGAACCCCUGAACCUCCAGUAGAUCUAGACUUAGGGGUUCCAGAUUUUCUAUCCCCUGAAUGUGAGUUACCAUCGUGUGAGCCUCCAGAAAUUCCCAGCUUUGACCAUCGAGCCCUGACCCUCAGCAGUCUUCAUGAUCUAGUUCUUUCAGAGUUCUUGGAUCAAAUACGGGAGUUUCCAGCUUCAGUUCUAAAACCUCAAGCUGUUGCUGAGCUAUCUGCUGAAAUGGUGCCUGUUGAACCCUCAUUCACAGAGGACACUGACCAUGACUCUGCUUCAGUCCUGAAUGAGGAAAUUCGACCGAAGUCAAGUGUCUGUCAACAGGAGAACUAUUAUGAAACCUGUGACAAUGUGUAUGAAGUUGUUGAAAACACCAACAAGUUCACUGUCAGUCAAAACUCACGCAAACGCAAAGGCCCACCAAAGAAUCCAUAUGGGGACCCCCAUCCAGCGAAGGAGGAGACUCGAAUGCACAUAUGGCCCCGGAAUUCAUGUAAGGAAAAACCGAGCCCUGAGAACCAUGAGGACAAGGACCAGAAGAAGAGAGAGAAGCACCGCCUCGAGAAGGAGAAGAAAGAGCAAAAGGAGAAAGAGAAGAAGGAGAAUGAAAUGAAGAAAAAAUUCAAAGUGACGGGCCAGGAGGAAGCGAUGUACCAUGCCAGGGUGACAGUGGCCAGUAAGGUGCGUAAGAACGACCUGCCAGUGAAGAGUGGUGACACGGUUGGCAUCAUCCGAACCACCAACUGCCCCAAAGGAAAAUGGCUGGCCCGCGACGGCAACCACAAAUAUGGCUAUAUCUCUGUGAUGAAUGUGGAGCUGAAUAUCAAAGAGAUGCUGGAGCUAGGGAAGAAGGCUCAGGCUGCUGGCCGAGGAGGCACCGAGGGAGAUACCAUCAGCGUUGGGAGCAGAUCAUCUAAUCAUCAUCCCAUGCUACACAGCAGCUUCACAGAUGACGAUGAGGAGUGGACAUUAGACGAGGAGACCCUGUCCCCCUACAUGGAGAACCGCGUUCACAAUCGGACUGUCUCAAUGCCUGAUAUGCUCUGCAGCCAUGCUAGUGCCCACCACACCCUUAGUGAUGGCAGCAUAGAGGACCCCCACACACAAACCAGACAUGAGGCUCUUCAGAAGUUAGCCAUCUUCUUUCAGAACAAAAAAGCUGGCAUCAGUGACACGACAGAAGAUCGAGUGGCGACCCCUACAAAGCUUCCUAUGUGUUGUGGAGCCUCCAUACUCAGACCAGGAAGUGGUUUUUGCAGAUUUGGAACUACUUCCCCCUCCAGUUCUAUAUGCAGAUUUCCUGUGACAGCUUCAUUGUCCGAGAGAAUUAAAGUAGAGCACACACAGCUUCUUCUCCCAUGAUUGGCUGUGUAACCUGAUCGGUACUGAUGCAGGCCAGGCAGCCAGCUGACCAACAAACCAACCCCGCACAUCUCACUCUGCCUCAGGCCUGGAGAACAUACACCAUGAGCUCCAGAUGAACCUCUGUCAUUAUAGAUAUAUGGACUCUAGAUCUACCACUAGAUCCAGAUGAACCACAGUCAUUAUAGAUAUAUAAAACUCAUAUUUACCACUAGCUAGAUAAACCAUGGUCAUUUGAUAAUAAUCUACCGUUCAAAAGUUUGGGGUCACUUAGACACUUUUUUUGUCCAUUU